AUGGAUAAUAAGAAAUACGAGAAAACGAAGAAAAAAAGAAAAAAAAGUGAGAAAGAAAAAGAUAAAGAAAAGGAAAAGGAAGCAAGUUAUAUAUCGGAUACCAUAACAUUUUGUGCCACAUUCAUACGAGAUUCAGUAGUAAAUGCAGGUGAAGUAUUACAAAAUAAUUAUUAUCCAAUAAAAGAAUCUCUUUUAAAUGCUUACGAUACUUACUUUUGUGAAUGUACACAACAAAAUAAUGUUCGAGUAAAUGGAAACGUUCCUUUUUUUACUAUCAAAUCGGAUAAUUCAAGAAAUUAG